AUGAAUAGGUUAUUCAGAAAGCUGAGGAGUCUCGACGCGUACCCAAAAGUGAAUGAGGAUUUCUACAGCCGAACCCUAACUGGUGGCCUCGUCACCAUCGUCUCUUCCCUCUUCAUCGCUUUGCUUUUUGUCUCUGAGCUCAGGUUGUAUCUCAACACAGUUACGGAUACAAAGCUCGUCGUAGAUACAUCGCGAGGAGGCAAAUUACAAAUCAAUUUUGAUAUAAGCUUUCCGGCGACUCCAUGUACGUUGCUCAGCGUUGAUGCCGAAGAUGUUAGUGGAGAGGAGCAUCGGGACGUAAGGCAUAAUAUAUUCAAGACAAGGAUUGAUUCCUACGGGAAUGCGAUUGAAGUGAGACAAGACGGUAUUGGCGCGCCCAAGAUCGGGAGGCCAUUGCAGAGACACGGUGGUCGGCUUGAGCACAACGAGACAUACUGUGGUUCGUGUUAUGGAGCAGAACAGUCUGACGAUGACUGUUGCAAUUCAUGCCAUGAUGUCCGCGAAGCGUAUCGAACCAAAGGUUGGUGGCUGGCAAAUCCAAAUAUGAUCGAUCAGUGCGUAAGAGAAGGUUUCGUGCAAAAACUGAAGGAAGAAGUCGGCGAAGGAUGCAACAUACAUGGAACUCUCGAGGUUAACAAAGUGGCCGGAAACUUCCAUUUCGUGCCCGGUAAAAGCUUGCGCCAACCAAGUACCAUCGAGCUCAAUUUGCCGGCUCUUCCAGCUGAUAGUUAUAAUAUAAGCCAUAGGAUCAACAAGUUAUCAUUCGGCGACUUCAUUCCGGGAGUCGUAAAUCCCUUGGAUGGGGCACAAUGGGAGCAACCAACACCUAGUGGAGUUUAUCAAUACUUCACCAAGGUGGUUCCAACUGUGUACACCAACAUCAUAGGCCAUACUAUCCACUCAAAUCAGUUCUCUGUGACUGAGCACUACAUGAGUUCUGAAGACCGUCUCGAGUCACCUCCGGGAGUUUUCUUCUAUUACGAUCUUUCCCCUAUACAGGUGACUUUCACAGAGACACGGACGCCGUUCCUUCACUUCGUCACGCAUAUCUGCGCCAUAGUCGGAGGUGUAUUCACGGUUGCCGGGAUUGUAAAUUCCUUCCUUUACCACGGGCAGAAGGUGUUACGGAAGAAAAAGGAAAUAAUUGGAAAACUCAGAUGA